AUGGCAACAGGAAAAAAUAUUAAAAAAAUUGAUGUGCAAUUACCAAAUGAAGAAGAUUCGGGAAAACUAGCAUUUAUUUUAUUAAAUGUUUUCACAAAAGAAGAAUUUAAUAUUGGUUUACGUGAAGUUUUAAUGACAGAUGUUCGAAAUAAUGAUCGAUGUAUUAUUGAUGAUGUUAAUAUGGCAAAUAUAUUAUUUGAACUUGGACUUAAUGAACGUCUUCGUUUUCUUCGUUAUGAUCCUGGACAACAAUUUAAAGGACAUAUGGAUGGUGUUUAUCAACGCUCUGACGGAUCCGGUGAAAUAAGUUGUAUUACAAUACAACUUUAUUUAAAUGAUAAUUAUAAAGGUGGAGAAACGACAUUUAUUAGUUAUUGUGAUAAAAAAAAAAAUUUUUCAUGUAAACCACGUACAGGAAUGGUAUUAGUGUUCGAACAUCGACUUUUUCAUGAAGGUUCAUUAUUGAAAAAAGGUCGAAAAUAUACAGUUCGUACUGAUGUUAUGUAUCGACCAUAG